CCGUGACGCCAGCAGCUCUCCACAGAAUUAGCAAACGUCCACGAUAGAGGCGGCGGAAAGGCACCGACUGUAAACACCGCGCCAGUACACGGAGGGUGUGUAGGUCAGCUGGAGAGAGUCACCGGGACACAGAAAAAGCUAAACAACCAACAAAGAGCGAAUAAAUCCGUCAGAAAGGAAAACCGUAGAGCGGAAUGCUUUAGCAGCUAGCCGGUGGUAGCACACAUAUAAGCUAACGGAAAGUGACAACUAGUCUGUUAGCUUAAACAGCUAGAGACUAUUACUGUCCGCUGACCCACGAAAUAAACGGGUUUUGAGGAAAACUACGUUCAAAAGAGCCUGGUGUUAGAUAAUAACGUUAGAUAAUUAAAUAAUAUUCUUUUCAAAAGUCCCUCAGCUCGGUGACGGUAAAGAGUGGUGAUGGACUUCGUUGCAGGAUGCAUCGGAGGUGCUGCUGGAGUCUUGGUUGGACACCCGUUUGACACAGUAAAGGUGCGACUGCAGGUUCAGAGUGUGGAUAAACCUCUGUACCGUGGGACCUUUCACUGCUUCCAGUCCAUCAUACGACAGGAGUCGGUGUUUGGUUUGUAUAAAGGUAUUGGAUCCCCCAUGAUGGGCCUUACGUUCAUCAAUGCCAUAGUGUUUGGUGUCCAGGGAAACACCAUGCGGCUGCUGGCACAUGACACUCCCAUGAACCAGUUCCUGGCUGGUGCAGCAGCUGGUGCCAUCCAGUGUGUCAUCUGCUGCCCCAUGGAGCUGGCAAAAACCCGGAUGCAGAUGCAGGGCACAGGAGAGAAGAAGUCUUCUAGGAAGUUGUAUAAGAACUCCCUGGACUGCCUGGCACGCAUCUACAACCGUGAGGGUCUGCGGGGUGUAAACAGAGGCAUGGUUACUACGCUGAUCCGCGAGACGCCUGGCUUCGGAGUGUAUUUCCUGUCUUAUGAUGUGCUGACGCGGAGCCUUGGCUGCGAGCCCGACGACCGCUACAUGAUCCCCAAACUGCUGUUUGCCGGAGGCAUGGCCGGUAUCGCCUCCUGGCUCUCCACCUAUCCCGUAGACGUGAUCAAGUCGCGCCUCCAAGCAGACGGAGUGGGUGGAGUGAAUCAGUACAGCAGCAUUGCUGACUGUGUGCGGCAGAGCGUCCGGAGGGAGGGCUACAUGGUGUUCACACGAGGCCUCACCUCCACGCUGCUACGGGCCUUCCCUGUGAAUGCAGCUACGUUCGCGACCGUCACCCUGGUCCUCAUGUAUGCCCGCGGGGUGGAGGAGGGGCCCAAAGACUGCGAGCCAGCACAGCCGAGCCACCACCCCCAGAUACAGCAGCAGGCCCAGCCCUCCAGCCUGUGACGGCACCGAGGCCUCACCAGACUGGGCACGUUACAAGAGCGUGGAGAGACAAAUAUACUUUUAUUACUGUCUGACUCAGCUUCCCAUCAGACCAGCCAUUCCCAGCUUCGAGUCAGAUCAUACCUGGUUUAUAUAAGCACUUGUUUUUACUUUCAUUUAAAAAAGAAAAAAGGAGUAAAAACAUAUUUAUUUUUAGCAGUGAUUUAAGUUUGUUUGCUCCUGAAGAUGCAGACUUUUGAAAGGGAUUACUUAGCCUCUAAUGAGAUGGAGAUUUGUGAUGGAUUUUAACAGUAGCUUUUAUUCUUAGGGAGAUUUGGUGGAAGAUCUAGACAUGUAACUGAGCCACAUUGCUGCUGGUGUGGCUGAUUAGAGCGUACAGAGUCGGCACUGGAAACUAUUACAUAUAUCUUGAAACAUGCAGUGUUUAACUGCAUCUGUAUAUACAAACAGAUUAUAUGCUUUUUGUUUUUUCUUUGUUUUUAACGUAUAUUUGCAAACCUUUUUCCUGCCUUAUAAUACAGCAUUUAUUUUGUUUAAGGACGCACGUUUGUACCUGAACUGUAUCCUCUGAAGAGUCGAGCAAGAACCAAUGUAGCAUGUGAUAAGUGCGCACAACUUAUCACUCCUGUCUGCUUACAAACCAAAAACCGUUGCAGCUAUAAUCUGAUCAUCACUGAAGCACUCUUACUUGUCAGUUUCUGCUGUCGACAGAACCCAAGUGGUCUGAAGGGCUCUUCGGGGGUUGAAUGAAAAGUGUCUGUGUGAGUCAGGACUUGCGGAUAGCGUUUUGUUUUUUGUCUUGUUCGGCGUGUCGUGUUCUACCAAAUGUGAAGUUUUAUUACUGCUGUAUUGAAGGCCGAGUCCAGAAGUGUAACAUGCGGCGCUGUCAGUGUCCCACCAUUUUAUCUUAUUUUUGUAUGUUUGUGUCAUGCAUUUAAAAAAAAAAAAAAAAAAAAACAUCCCUGUGUGGCAGUUGUCCUGUCAGUACGUACUGCAGCUGUCCUCACAAAGUACGUACAGUUACAUGCAGUAUGCAAACAAUUUGGACAUACCGCUCGGUCAUAAUAAUGCGCCUUAAGCUUUGACUAUCUUUGCUCAUGUAUCAACCUGUGGAGCGAAAUGAGCUGUUGUCUGUCUUGAGCUUGUUUUUACGUUGUGGUAUAUUUCCCGCUGCGCAGAGAAUCAUAGUUCAGAACGACCUGAAAAGCAUGUUGACUUGCAAACUGCAAAAUGGAUCUGGCUCUAUGUUUUUGACAUGGUAAAUCCUUUUUUGACCGACUAUACAAUAAUAAUAAUUGUAUGGUACAAUGAGUAUUGGAACGCAAAUAAUAUUGUGACUCUGUAUGUGAUAUUGAGUCAUGAAUGCAUGUUCGGAGCACCUUUUGAAAGCUCUACAGAAAAAAAGGGAAGCAGCAACCCGGUAUUUUGAUUCACUCUGUGCAUAUUUAACAUGUUAAUAUGUUAUUGUGGACAGCCUGUUCCCCAUAGGGAGCCACUGAAAGAUGAUUUAUUGCAGUUGGAGAUAAUCUCUGAAGUGCAUUCUGUUUGGAAAGAUACCUUAUUUUUACUCAUAGUACCUUGAGAAAAUGCAAAGUAAUUUAAACAAAGCUGUUAUGUGUUAAAAACGAUCAGCAUUUGGAUGGUUGAAGAGUCCUGAAAUAUUUGUUAAAUGGUACAAAAUACAACCUCUGACUAGCUGAUUGCACAAGCUUUGUUACAGAUUUUUGUUUGCAUUUUGUGUGCCUGCUGUGUAAUUUGAAGGUCACGUUCUCCUCAGCUUGACUAUAUUUAUGUGCAAGAACAGCUGGUAUACUGUACCUACUCUGGACUGGGGUUCUCAUUAGAUUUAUUUAUUCAGUUACUAUCGUAGCUCAGUGGCGUAAAAGUAUUGUGAAUGAGCAUCUGCUUCUUGCGUGUGAGCUCAGUUUCAGAAGAUUUCUUGUUUGUAUUUAAGCCUGAAUGUUGCUGUAAAGAAAUAAUCAGAUUUCCCGUCAUUGAGCACUGGAUCGUGAGCACAAUAGAUGAUCUGCUCCCCUGAAGGCUUCUCAGAGCUCCGUCUGAAGCCGUAAAAACUGUAAUAAAUCAAAGCACUGCUGUCAUUUUGUGUGUGAUAUAUGAAAUGCUGCUGGAAAGCGGGAAGUCACAGCUGCACUAAAACCGGAAGUUUGUUGAAUGUAACGCACCUGCACAGGUGUUCUGUCCAAAACUCAAGAGUCGAAGGACAAAAUGAUUUCUGGGGGUUCUGUUUACAUUUCAGUUUUUUGAAAUGUUUAGUGCUGCUGGGAAACGUGGAAAAUCUCCAGGUCGUGCUGCUGUAUAAUCGUGGGUGAAGAGGGUAAACGAAAGUGUUGAAAAGUGCAAAAGCGUGAUCGUUCAAAAAUAAAUACCACCUCUUAAACGGCGACUGUUAUAUCCAGCUGUGAACUAGAUCACAUCUGAAACCCAUCGGACAGCGAAUAUUUACCCCAGCUGACGUGAAAGAUGCAAUAUGUACAGGAUGUAACUGUAAUAACGUGAGAUUGUUUUGAAGUGAUCGGUAAAGUAUACUGUAUAUUUAUAGAUCUACAUAUCAUCUAUUUUUCAUUCUAAAGUAUUUAUGUAGUGACUUUCCAUGAAUGUCUGAGUUUGAGCAGUUUUUAAAGUCUCUUUCUUUGGAUCAGUUUGCGUUCGCUGUUGUACUGAAGAGAUUUUAACUGAGACAUGAUAUUUUUGUGUCAUGCAGAGCCUAUUUGUCUAGAUUUGUCACUAAAGAUCUGUACAAAUGGGUUAAUAAAAGCAAUUCAAGCA